AUGAAUGAAUUAAAAGAAUUGAGUAAAAAGAUUAAAGAAAACACAACCACAAAAAAAGAAGAAAAAAAAAAUGAGUCAGAAAUAAAAAAUCUGUUUGAUAAUUUUCUUGGAAAUAAUUCUAUAAAUUAUUUGAGUUCUUUUAUAAAUAAAACAAAUGUAAAUGAAAACUCUGGUGACAAUACAAAAAAUGAUAUUAGAAACAUAUUUGAAAAUAUUAAUAGAAAUAAUUUAAAUGAAAAAAAAGUGAACAAUGAUAUAAAUUUGGAGCAAACAGGAUUUGAUAAAAAAUAUCAUAACAAUAUAAUUAGUUUUGAAAAAGCACGAAAUGUAAAAGAAGAUGAAAUAAAACCUCAAAAUAAAUUAAAAAUUGAAAAGAAAGAGGAAAAUAAAUAUAAAGGGCAUUCAGUAGAUUCACCACUUAAAACUUCUAAAAACAUAAAGAAUAUAAUAAAUGUAAAAAAGGUACUUCAAAAUACGAAAAAUGUUGAUAUAAAAGAUUUAGAUAAACUGAUUAAUCGUUUUAAUAACGAAAUUGUAGACAGAACAAAAAAAUUAGAAAAUUUUAUCGACAAAAAUAAAAUAAAAAAUGAUUAUAAUGAAAACAUUUUAAUGCUAGAAAAUUUGAAUAAGGAAAUGAGAAAUAUAGAAACGAGCUUCAAAAAAAAUGCCCCUUUGUAUGAAUUAUAUAUGUCAAAGAAAGAAAAGAAAAAGAUGUAUUGUUCUUUGUUAUUUUUAAAAAAUUUCUUUACAUGUCUAAAAAAUUUUACGGAUUUUCUUGAUAAAUCUGAACAAAGUUAUAAACAAUUAAAAAUUGGUGAAUCAUUAAUGUAUUUAAGAAAUUGUAAGACACAUUUUUUGAUAAUAAAAUAUAUAUUUAAAUAUGUCAAGAAUAGGUCUUCUGAUUAUUUAAAUGAAGAUAUUAAUGAAAAAGGCAAAAAUGAAAUGAAAAGGGAAGAAAAUGUUCAAAGCAAUGAAAUUAUAGAAGAUAUCCCAAAGGAAAAAAUAUUAGCUCCAUCAAAUGAUGAAAAAUUCAACAUAAAUAAGCCAGGAAAUAAAAUAGGCGAUGAUAGCAUCAAAUAUAGUAAGCCAAACUCCUUUAAUAGAAAACCUGAUAAAAAUGUUGAAAUUAAAUUAAUGGAUGAAAUAAAAAAACUGUUUAUUGAUGAAAGUGUGUCAACAAGUGAUAGUAAUAAUAAUAAAGUAAAAUUUAUAAAAGAAACAAAAUGUAAAUAUGAAGGUAUAUUAAAUAAUCUAAAGAAUAUGAUUGACAUAAUUUUUAAUAAAAUGUUUAUCUUUGAUAAUAAUAUAAAAAUAUAUAAAUACAUAUAUUUAAAUGGAAGUUCUAUUUUUUCAACUGAUACUUAUAAAAAUGAGGAAAAAAUAACAUAUGAUAUGUUUUGGUAUUUUGCUUAUAUAUUGAAGAAACAUAAUUAUUAUUUAAAAAUAAUAAAAAGUCAUCUAUUUUUUAAUAUAGUUAAAUUAAUGGUUUUAUAUUAUUGUAUCACAAAAAAUCUGAACCCAAAAGAUGUAAUUAAUAAUAUACCUCCUAUUAAACUUAUAAAUUCACUAACAUAUAAAAAUAUUAAAAAAUGUGUUUCAGAUGUGAUUAAGAAAAUUGGGAUAGAAUCAUCACCAAAUAUCUAUUUUAAUUAUUAUAAAAAUUAUAAAAGUUAUAUAUUUUCUGAAGAAAAUGAACAUAUGGAUAAUAUAAAAUUGGUUACACCACCAAAAAAAGAAAUAAUAAAUAUUUCAUGGUGCGAUAUUAGCUUAAACGAUUAUAUAACUGAAAAAGAUGAUUUUAUAUUUAUUGACAUCGAAAAGUUUUUUAAUUGCUUUAUCUUGUCAACUAAUAGUGCUAAUAAUGAGUGUAGCCAAAAAAUAUUAAAAUAUGGCGAGAAUUCUCUUUCCUCAUUUGAAUCAAAUAAAAACCGAGUUGUUGAAAAUGAUAUAUACAACACCGGUUUAAAGGAAAGAAUGCCCAGAUCUAAUAUUAAUAUUGUCAAUCUAGAUAAAAAUCAAAAUGAGACAAAAAAUAACGAUGGCUCUUCUUCGAUAGGUGUAGAAAAGGAUGAUUUUUUCCUGGCGUUAUCAAAAGGGCUAUUAGAAUUUUAUAAUAUUGCCGAAUUAUUAUUUUCUAUAAAAAAAGAUGAAAAAAAAAAUAAAAAAUUAGAUAUAGAUAUAGAAGGAGAAUUCAAUAUCGAAGAGUUAGUAAAUUCUUUUAAUUUUUAUUUUGAAAAUAUGCAAAAUGAAGAAAAGUGCAAUAAAGUUUAUUUUAACGAAUACGAAUACGAUUUUAAGGAUACCGAAGAAAAGCUAUGUAAUAUAAAAGAGAAAUUAAAAAGGAAAUAUGAAUAUAUUAAAAAUAUAAACAAUGAUGAUAAUGUGCUACGAGACAAAGAAAUAUUCCCACUAUAUAUUUUAAAUAAAGAAUUAAAUGAAAAUAUGUUUUUAUUUUUUCAUGAAAUUAAUAUGAAACGAAAUAACUUAAAAGAUAUUUUGAAUGUGUAUUAUAUUUACAAGUGGAAACAAGAAGACAAAUUUUAUCUUUUAAUUAAUGAAAUUUUAAAAAAUAAUUUUUUUCAUUACAUUAAUUAUGCUUAUUCUAUACUAAAUGAUAUAUUUUUAUAUAAGGAUGAACAAGAUUAUAUUUUAAUAGACGAAAAAGCAGAUAACUAUUUGUUAAGCCUGUUUUUUGAUAAUACCGAAGGAAGUAAUUACAAUUUAAAGGAUGUAAAAAAUCUCGAUUUUGAGGAUGUGUUAAAUUGGGUUGAAAAAAACCAUAUUCUUUUAAAAGACAUUAUAAAAGAAGAAACAAAAAAAAUGAAUUCAGACGAAUUAAUAAAUAAUAAAGAACGAUCCAAAAAUAGAAAAGAUGAAAAUAAUGAAAAAAAAAAGGAUACUCUUAAUGAAAGGGAAAAUAUAACAAACACAGAAGAUGAUGAAAAAAAAAAUACUGUAUCACAAGAUUCAAAUCAAAAUAGUAUAAAUAUAAUGAUUAAAACAAAUAAUAUUGAUUGUAUUCAUAUUCAUAAAAAAAUUCUAUUUAUAGUGUUUGAAAUUUAUCAGAUUAUCCAUUUCUCCAUAAAUUUAUUACUUAAUAUUCAAAAGGAGAAAAAUAUGAACGAAGAUAAAAUAAAAUACAUUAUUAGUAUUAAUUUAAUAUUAUUUUGUUAUAAAGUUAUAAAAUAUAUUUAUAAUUUGUUCUUAAGCUAUUCUUAUUUUAUUUUCCGUUUUUCAUCAGUCUCGAAUUUAAAUAAUAAAGAGUUUUUGUUAUGUAUAAUUAAUAAUAAUAUAUUUUUAAAAAAAAUAUUUGAAAAUAUUUAUGAUGUUUAUCUAAAUUAUAAAGAGUUAUUCAAUUUUUAUAUAAAUCAAAACGAAAUUAUAUUUGAAAUGGAUCACAUAAAAAAAAACGACAUUUUUCAAAAACAAUAUAUAGACACAUUUAACACAAACAUGAAAAUGUAUUCCACUAAUUUGGAUGAUGAAAAUAAAGAAGUUUAUAAUAAUAUGUGUUAUGAAGAUAUAAUAACAAAAAAUAAAAUAAUUGAUGGUAUUACUAAUGAAGAAAAAUAUAAUAGAUGUGAUGAUAAUAAAUCCGCAAAAAAUAAUUCAUCUGUAUAUAAGGAUGAAUUUUUAAUAAAUAAAAAAAUACAAGAAAUUGAUGAAAAAGAAAAUACAUUGAAAUUAUCAAAAAAUAUAGAAUUCUUAUGUGUAAACAAAAUAAGCAUAUUUAAAAAUAUGCAUUUAUAUAUUGAUAAGUUCUACAUAAAUUUAGAAAAUUUUAAAAAUAUGUUUGUUAAUAUUUACAAAGAACAGAUAUACAAAUUAUUAAAACAAAAUAAUAAUGUGAUGGAAGAUAAUUUUUUGAUACAUACUUCAAAAAUAGCUAAUGUGAUUUUUGAUUUUUUUCAAAUACGAGAUUUAUGUAAAUCAAUACAUAAAGACAUUAUAUUACGUAUUAUUGACUAUUUAUUUUAUCACAUAAAUCAGUAUAUUUUGGAAUAUAUACUAGAAAAACAAAAAUUAAAUGAUGAUGAAAGAAAUGCUAUUCAUGAAAAAUUUAUCUUUAUCCAAAAUAGUUUAUCUUUUAUUCUGGAAGAUUAUAAAGAUAAUGAAUUUGACCCGAAAAACAUGAUUGUAGAAGAAGAAAAUACUUAUUUAAAAAUAUCUGAUGAUGACCCAGUUUGCUUAAUAAGCUUAAAAAAAAACAGAAUAUUAUUUUUAUUACUUUUUUGCAAAAUUAAAUAUAUUUUAAGUGCGAAAAAAACAAUAUUAGAAUUAUACGAUACAGAAAUUGUUCAUCUGUUGCUAUCGAAUAACCUACAUGUAUGUGACGAUGAAAAAUUUGAUGCUAUAAUAAAUGAAUUUAUAUAA